UAGAAGAGAGAGAAAGAAAGAAAUGUGUCCAUUCCCAUAGCCAUAAGAAAUAGAAAGGAGGAGGCAAGAAUGGAAGCAUUGACCAUUGGUUUAGAGGACUAAAAAAACUUAUAAACAGUCUCAUCUGUACAGAUUUCUUAUUUGAUCUCGUCCUCUUCAACUCUCUCUGUUUUGUUUUUUUAAUUGAUUUGAUUUCAUAUAAUAAAUAAUAUCAAAGCAGCCUCGUCGCUGUUUCUUUUUCUCUUCUUCUUCUUUUUCUUCAAAGCUUGCAUUCUACAGCCAAAAGAAACCAACCUAGAUCAGUUUCAGACUCAAAAUUUCCAGUUGAGAAUUCUUGGGGGGGUUUGAUUAUUGCAAAUAUAAUAAACCAGGCACUUGAGAGGAGUCUUGGUAUCUUUACAGCAAUCCAGAUUGAGGUUUUUGUAUGCAGUUUAGGAGAAGGCCCGAGUAAAGAUCUUGGGUGGUUCAGAUUUUCAAGUCUCUAAGGUUUUUGGAGAUGGCUGGUGUCCAAAAUCAGUUGGAGAUCAAGUUUCGUUUGACUGAUGGAUCCGAUAUUGGUCCUAAAACCUUUCCUGCUGCUACUAGUGUUGCAACCUUGAAGGAAAGUAUUCUUGCUCAGUGGCCUAAAGAGAAGGAGAAUGGUCCAAGGACAGUGAAAGAUGUCAAGCUAAUUAGUGCAGGAAAAAUAUUGGAGAACAACAAAACACUGGGAGAGUGCCAGAGCCCUCUUUGUGAUAUUCCCGGUGGACUGAUGACUAUGCAUGUUGUUGUCCAACCUCCUCCUUUGGAGAAAGAAAAGAAAGCACCAAACCAACCAAAGCAGAACAAAUGUGUUUGUGUCAUAUUAUAAUCCACAGCUUGAAGAGGGGAUGACAUCAUUAUCAGAUGAAGAAUGAUUGAACUGGUAUAGAAAAUGAAGUUGGGAACUUUUUGAUUGAUGAAGGCGGUUGACAUCAUUCACUUUGAUUGGUGUACGCCUUAUUUGUGUAGGUGAUGAUUGUCCAUCCAUUUUGUUCACUUUGUUCUUUUCAAUUAGACUUUGCUAUCAAGCAAUUAAAUCUCAGAUUUUAUGCCCAAACACGUCUCACCGAAUGCAUUUUCCACAUUUUUAUCUUUUGAAUUCGUCUUUGCUUACAUAAUAUCAUUUUUUCAAUCGUGUAAUUUGAUCUGGUACUCAGAUUCAUGUUGCUGGUCAUACUUUUACCAAGUACAAAGGCUGACAGCUACAAUUAGAACUGGUAUUGUUCCUUUCUGCAUACCAGGUUCAUGAUGGCUCGGAGUUCAUAUUACGGUUUCAUGCAUUUUUAAUCGACUUGAUGUUUCCAUAACUUGUUGGUGUGAAAGGAUAACCACUGUUUAAUUCUAGGAAGAUGUCUAAAUUACAAAUAGCCAUUUUCUUUAGUAAUUUGAAGAUCACCUAAAUUCUGUCAUUUUAUCAAGGAACUUGGUAGUGAAAGAUCAUUGCAAUAAUGUAGAAAUUAUUGAAAGGGUGGAAUGAAUUUGGAAGAACUAUUGGGUAAAUCUGCUUGGGAUUUUACCAUGGAUGGUCAAAUUCAAGCUCAAUUGGGGACAUAUAAAUAUGAAACUUUUAAGGAAUUCGAGCACUUCGAUUUAGAUUGGUAAUAAUUUGACAAAAUUAAAGCUAAUGAUCUUAGACCCUAAACUUGUUAAA